AUGGGUAUCAUGAAUUCGUUACGUGGUAUAAUGAAACCAAGUGCAAGUUUAAGCAGUAGUAGUAACAGCAGCUGCAAAAGCAAGGCAUCCUGUCAAGUCCACGUUGCUUGUCAGAUUGAGACAAUGCAGAGCACCAGCAAUUUAUCAGCCAUCUCUACACAAAGACCUAGUUAUCGAUUUGAGCACGGACGUCGUUAUCACGAUAUAGAAGAUUCGGUUUACGUUUUACCAAAUGAUGAUCCAGAAAUCGAUCGAUUGCACCAGCAGCACUGGGUACUUCACCAUGCCUUUGACGGAAAUUUCUCUUCUCCUGUCCACAAACUCCUUGAAGAAGGGGCCGUUGUAUUGGAUUCAUGCUGUGGCCCUGCCACAUGGACUUUAGACAUGGCAAAAGCAUACGAUCGAUCAGAAUUUUAUGGAAUAGACAUUAGCCCUGUAUUUCCCGAAGACAUCAAGCCAGCAAACACCCAUUUUCAAUUAGCAAAUAUCACAAACCGCCUUCCAUUUCCAGACAACCAUUUCGACUUUAUUCAUCAGCGAUUAUUGAUCUUCGGCUUGACACGAUCUGAUUGGACAAAGGCAAUAGAUGAAUUGUUACGCGUAUUGAAACCAGGCGGCUGGAUAGAGUUUAAAGAGCUUGAACUUAAUCUUGAGAACACAGGCACCAUGACAACAAAACUCAAAGAAUCUAUGAUAACCAUGACAACCACACGCGAUAUGAAUCCAACAAUUGGACGUGAACUACGGCUAUUGCUUAUCCAGCGGGGAUUACUCAAUAUUCAAGCCAAACGCAUUAGUGUACCAGUUAACCAUGAUGGGAAGAUUGGCGAACUGUUCUGGGAUAAUUACAAGCAAAUGAGUCUUGCUCUUGCUCCCGUAAUCUCGGGAUCCCUGCCCUUAGAUUUUCCACAAUUCCUUGAUAGUUGUGCAAAAGAGUGUGCAAAAGAGAAAACGAAUUGGGGAUGGCACGUAGUCUAUGCCCAGAAACCGGUGUCGCCGAUUAGAUUCUCUCAUUAA